AUAACGCUAAAGCUUAUCGACAGUGUCACCGUUGACGAAACAUCUGCAGAUACGUAUUUAUUUAUGUUUUUCGCAUCCAGAAACUGCCGGCCACAAGUGCAUCUUCACUGCGCGGUCGCUCGACCCAAUCCCUAAAUGGAGCCACCUCCAGGACCCGCAAGCUUUUCAACUCGUCCAUGGCCAGCGAUGUGCCCUUCCGCCUGCCAUGUUUCCGAUAAAAUCACUUUAUAGUCCGUGCUGGUGGAGACGCAAGACAAGGCGCUGCGCCGUAUUAGCGAGCUGAGGGAGCAUUGCACGCUGGAGCAGCAGGCCAAGGCUCACCUGGAGGAGGCGUUGGGGGUCGAGAUGGACGACAUGAGCUGCAAAAUGCAGGCGUAUCAGACGAAGCUUCAGCUCCUGUACGAGAAUCCGGAGAAUAUAACGGCGGCUCUGGAGCGAAGCGGCCAGUUGUUGGACACGGAGCAGCUCAUCGACCUAGAAAGUCGCCGCCUUCUGCAAAUGGUACUGGUUCCGGUGAAGGAGUGCCCGAUCUCCAGCGAUUACUCAAAGAGCAGGAGGAGCAUCUUAAGGACGUGCCGGAAAAGUAUGAAGCCCUCCGCAAGCAGGAGGAGGAGAAUGUCCUACUCCUGGCCCAGACUAAACAGGCCAUUCACACAGAACUUGAGCACAAGGGCACCGAGGUGUCGCAGAGAGACCCACAACAAUGAGGCCAAGGAGCAGAAGCUCCAGGCCUGCUUAACAACCUUAAAGGGAACUUUGCAGCCAAAGAGCAACAGGUGGCCGCCCUCGAAAGUCAAGUGGUAGCCACCAAAGCGGAAAACGAGCAAAAACAGUUAAAGAAUCUGGAAGAGCAGCUGCUUAACCUGAAGAAUAAAAACGAAAUUAGCUUGGAUUAACUUUGACACAACAAAGAAGCUAUGGAGUCUCAAACCAAGGAAGCUCAGGAUCAGGAACAGAAACUUUAGGCUGAUUUAGAGAUGGCUAAGUCCAAGCUCUUGGCCACGGAAGAGUUCCGAAUAUUGAGGCUAACGCCAGAAACGGUUAAGGUCAGUUGAUGGCGUGAAAUCACGUUCAAUAUCAAGCUUCUAAAGCCCUGAGGGAUUUAAGGGGUUAAACCACAAGGCGAAUGGACAGAUCUUCGUCGUUGGAAAAUAAGACGCCUCACUGAACAUCAUCCAAGUUGCGACGCAGAAUGCGGAAGUUAACCUCGCUGAAAUCCAACGUGCCUUCGGCGAUUUUCUAAAGGAAAGGAGGUCAGAUAGUGGUAACACAUAACUCUACUCAAUUAAUCCCACCUGGAAGCGAUUGGAGAUCAACCACAAUUCUUCCUGCCCCGCGGCAUUUUCCACCACCUUCAUUCCGCUGACGAACUGCAGCUCAUCGGCCUCUGCCGGCAAAACGACCAAAUUUUCCGAAUCGUAGGUCGAAUUUACGUUCCACAUGAUGAGCUGGAUGGGAUUAAAGGUGACGCAGUAGAUGUUGUUUUUGCCAUCGAUGGCGGAAGCGGCGCACUCGCUCCCACGGCUGCCCAGCUCGGUGAACUGCUCCGGCAACGCCUCCGGGUUGUUGGCCCAGUUCGUCUGGUUGUUGAGCUCACUCAGUGGCACGGCGAACUCACUCGCAGUGGCCAUCGGAUGGAAGUAGAGAUUGCUCUUGUCAUUGGUGAGUGCAAACAUGCCAUCCAUCAGGUAGAAGGUUUCGUUAGCAAUGGUGUGCUUGCCGUAAUCCGGAUUGGGGUACAUGAAGCGGUUCUCUACCCUCCAGGAGGUCUGGGCCUCGUGGUCGUAAACCACCAGGCCGUGGAAAGUCACAUCGGCCACAUAGACCAUGGUGCUAUUGCAAGAUCCCUCGGGUGCAGGAUCCUGAACCAGAACGCUUGGAGUGAUGAAGAGGGAAGCAUCUGGGGUGUAGGUGUUAUUUGGAAAGCGGUAGCGAUGCAGCAGGGUAUCGGUAUUCAGGUCGAAUUGCAGCAACUGCGGUGUACAGUACUUGGUGGUGCCAAUUGCACCCGUAUCCAUGACCCACAUCUGGUUGCACUCGGUGAUCUGAAAGGGACUUAAUGAGCUCCUCGUAUAGUCUUGGAUUAUUACCGACUCACAGAUACUCUGUAGACGGAGGUGAUCCGAUCGCAGUCGUCGCCGUUAUCAUUGUGCCAGUCGUAACUGGGAUACGGCUGCAGCAGAGGACCGUUAGUGCCAUUCGUCGCAGAAACGGUGGCCAGUGUAUAGGGAACGCCACUGACAAACCUAGGAAUGGUGGUAAACAGCCUCAUUGUCCCAUUGGAGAAGUACUGCGGCUGGACAUCGAUGGGAGUUCCAUUCGCGGGCACCAGAUUACCAGCCGCCUCGGCAUUCUCCCGGUCCUGGUCCGUGGCAAAACCGUACUCCAGCUGGAGCCACUCCGCCACCGUUUCCACAGUGUUCACGGAACGCGGUACUACAGCUCCGGCGCCAUAACCCGGGGCCAGAGUCAGCGAGAAGGCGAUCACCAAUAUUUGCAGAGGCACCAUUCUGAUGCAGAGUUGGAUGGUAAGUGUUCUGGUCGCACUAAGGGCAGCUGCUUAUUAAGCCGAAGUGCUCACCGUAUUGUACUACCAAUAACUCAAAAAUGUUUAAUGUUUUGGAAAAAACAUCAAUAAAGACCACUAUUUUUAUGAA